AAUAGGUAAAUGAAGAAUUAUAAAGAAUUUUAGAUAUAUAAAAAAACACAUAAAAAGAAAUCAAACCUACAUCAAUCUAAAUUACCAAAUCCGAAGUCUUCUAAAAUGAAAAAUAUUUUACCCAAAGCCCACGUUUAUGUUAAACUUGUGGCCGACCUUCGACACCGUAAGAGAAACACAUCUCUGAACAAGCAUGCAAUGGAAAAGCCCUAAAAACAGGGUAGCCGAAACCCAAUAUUAGGAUAUCGAAUUCUUAUCCCCAAACUAACCCAACUGCUCUCCUUUGCUCUGCACUGUACCAAUACAAACUACCUCCUUUUCUUCUACUCAAUUUUUGGCGAAAACCCUAAACCCUUCCCUCUAGUAUCUCCUUUUUUUUUUUUUUUUUAGUAUUUUCUUUUCUUUUUCUCCAUCUAUAUUUAGCCUGUUCCCUUUGCAGCCAAAAAUAGGACUAUACCCAGAAAUUUGGAGUGAAGCCUAGCUUUUGCACUCCGGCUCUGAUAUUGAGGUAUGCUGCUGAAUCUCAUGUUGGCUCAAUAGUAGAUUUUACACGUUGAUAGAAGUCCAUAGAUGGAGAUAGUUGAGUCAAUACUUGAUAUUCCGGUGCAAGAUCCACCAGAGGAGGAGUUCUCUUCUGCUGAUUUGAUUUGGACAAAGUUUGGCACAGCGGAGCACCAUGAUGAUGUAGCACUCAUUCCUUAUGCUCGAGUAGAUGAAUUUAUAAUUGGAGAAUGCUCCAAUGUAGAAUGCCCAACACGAUUUCAUAUUGAGAGGGGACGGAAACGAUCAAUGGGCAGUUUAAAGGAGUACAAGAGUGAUGAAUAUUUGGAAUAUAGACUAUAUUGGUGUUCCUUUGGUCCUGAAAAUUAUGGGGAAGGUGGAGGUGUAUUACCUAGUCGAAGAUACCGUCUAAACACCCGAAAUCGGGCUGCUAGACCUCAAUCCAUGCGAGGAUGCACAUGCCAUUUUGUAGUGAAACGUCUUUAUGCUCAUCCAACGCUUGCACUUAUUAUAUUCAAUGAGAGACGCCAUAUAAACAAGUCUGGUUUUGUUUGCCAUGGGCCACUUGAUAAAGAUGCCAUUGGCCCUGGUGCUAAGAAAAUUCCAUAUAUUUCCAAUGAGAUUCAACAACAAACAAUGUCCAUGAUCUAUCUGGGUAUUCCUGAAGAAAACGUGCUAGAGAAACACAUCGAGUAUGUUCAACGGUACGGUGGUUCAGAUGCGACAGCUAGUACCCUUGCUUCUCAAUAUGUCCGCAAACUUGGCAUGAUCAUUAAGAGGUCAACCCACGAGUUAGAUCUAGAUGAUCAAGCUAGCAUUCGGAUGUGGGUUGAACGCAAUAAGAAAUCUAUAUUUUUCUAUCAGGACACUUCUGAGACAGAUCCUUUCAUUCUUGGGAUUCAAACAGAAUGGCAGUUGCAACAGAUGGUUCGUUUUGGCCAUCGCAGUCUCAUAGCAGCUGAUUCAACAUUCGGUAUUAAAAGACUCAAGUACCCUUUAUGCACUCUUCUUGUAUUUGAUUCAAGACAACAUGCAUUACCUGUUGCAUGGGUCAUUACCCGCAGUGUUGCAAAGCCAGAUGUGGCUAAAUGGAUGAAAGCACUGCUUGAUCGAGCUCGGAGCGUAGAUCCUGGAUGGAAGAUCAAUGGUUUUGUGAUUGAUGAUGCAGCCAUGGAGAUUGAUCCCAUAAGGGAUGCUUUUUGUUGUCCUAUCCUAUUUUCAAUUUGGCGUGUUCGUGGAUCCUGGUUGAGGAAUGUUGUUAAGAAAUGUUCCAACAUUGAAGUUCAGCGGGAAAUUUUUAAGCGCCUGGGAGAAAUAGUUUACAGCAUUUGGGGUGGCUUAGACACUUCAGUUGCCUUGGAAGAAUUAAUUCUUGAUUUUGUCGAUCAAUCUGCAUUCAUGGAGUAUUUCAAAUCCACUUGGGUGCCUAAAAUUGAAAUGUGGCUUUCAACAAUUAAAACUUUCCCACUUGCAAGCCAGGAGGCAUCUGGUGCCAUAGAAGCCUACCAUGUGAAGCUUAAAACAAAAUUGUUUGAUGAUUCACAUCUUGGUGCACUUCAGAGGGUUGACUGGUUAGUACACAAGCUAACAACUGAGUUGCAUUCAGCGUAUUGGCUUGACCGGUAUGCAGAUGAAAGUGAUUCUUUUCAACAUGUCAAGGAAGAAUACAUUGCAUCUACAUCUUGGCACCGAGCGCUGCAAAUUCCGGAUUCUGCUGUUACAUUAGAUGAUAAGGGCCACCUAUUUGCAAAGGUAGCAAGUCAGAAAGACAACAGCAGAACACAUUUGGUUUGGAACCCAGGAUCAGACUUUGCUUUCUGCGACUGUGCAUGGUCAAUGCAAGGAAACUUUUGCAAGCACGUCAUCAAGGUCAAUAUGAUCUGUGAAAAUGCCAAAGGCUGCAGACCUUCCAUGUCUUUUUGGUCAUUCAGGGAGAUAUUGAUCGAUCUUUGCAAGAAACCAAUGGAUGACUCAAUUGGAUUAGAUGAGUCAGUGGCCUGGACCCACCAGAUGCUUGAUCAAAUCAAACAACUUGUUGAAUUAAAUAGUUCAAAUGAUAUUGGCAUUGUGGUAAAUAAUAUGCCAUUGAAAUGGAUCUCUAAGAAGGGAAGAACAUUUGUUGGUAUACCAGCUUCACUUCCAGCUCUUCCAUCUGAUUCCAAGACCAUCACAAAGAAUGUGCAGAAGAGUCGGAAAAGGAAGAGGUUAUCAAGAUUAAGAUGAUCAUUGAAGUUGGUUUAGACUGGCCAGCAUUUAGCUAACUUCAAACCCUAUGGGUGGGGUGCGCUUUGUUUGAAACUAUUGUCCAUUUCCAUGUUGGAUAACAUCAACUUCAUUGCUUGAAGCAUGAGAAGCAAAGCUAUUCUUUAAAUAGUACUAUACUUUGCUGCCUCCAAAAAUGGAUUUGAUGGAAACAAUUUGUCCAUCAUUUUGCGCUUGCCGAUGUAUUCAUUUCAGAGGAAGAUUCCACAUAUUCAUGUUCGUUCCAGCGCUCAUAUUGGGGGAUGUUUAAGGCCAACAUCUUGAAAAGGGAGGUAUGCAUCUAUAACCAAUCUAUCUAUCCAUGUUAUUGAGAAUGCGUCAGAAUUUGGGACUCGAGUGUCUGUCUUUUCAUUCUCAGGAGGUCCUUCACGUUCAUUUUUUCAGGGAAAACAGGGCAAAGCAUAAGGCAUCAUGCCAAUGGAUGCAUGUCUCGCUAUUUUUAUUGAUGGACAAUUAUAACAUAUCAUGUAUAGACUGUUUGGGUUGAGAUUUGAAUUUGAGUUGCAUAGAAAGAUUAUAUUACGUGAUAGCAUAUAUGUAUACCUUUAUUAAAUAUAGUAAAGAUUAUACAAGAUCUCUUUUUCCUGCAA